AUGAGGCCGUGGAACCUUGCCAUUGCCACAUUCGAUAUCGUCCCUCUCGUAUUCUUAUGCGUCGGUAUGCAGCUCCUCUCACAUUGCUCUGCAUCCAGAAACGUGCUUGUUGCGAUGCAGCGUUGAAGUCAGACGAAUGGCUCGUGCCAAGUGAGUUCGGAUACGUCAUGGAUUCGAAAUUCUCCUCUGAAUUCCUCGCCUCGGGCGUCGUACUCCUCAUCAUGUCCGUCUGCUGCAAGUGACUGCCAUAAAUGCUCGUGCCCUUCACGGAGACACAUGCACGGAUUCCGCGUGUCCAUGGUCUGCCUGCAGCAUUUGCUUGUCGUACACCGAGGGUGAGCUGACUGAACACCACACGCCGGAAGGAGCAAUUACGAGUGCUGACUGACCCGCCAUGUAUCUCUGUGUGUCUGGUUCAAGACAUGAGAAUCGUAGCACUGUCUGUCAUCGGCUCAAUCUUCCACGUCUGCGUCGCAGUGGUGAUGUUUCUUGUGACCGUCAGCUUCAUGUUCGUCGGCUUGAUCAUCGGAUGGUUCACCCCAUCCCGCAACACUGGGACCUUCCUCAAUUCUACAACACCGUCGUCACCUCCGGCUUCUUUUGUACGGCACACGGAGGAAUAGAAGAGGCCGCCGGGGCGAGAAUCGACCUGCAGCGCCUAGCUCAGCCCGAUGCAGACGAUGUGCCUGAUACAAUGGAUGUCUCUGUGCGCAUACCUGCGCAUGCACGCGUGGACUUGGAGUGUGUCAAAUACGUAGCCCUGAGGCGGCUCUCGUGCGUGAGGCCUUGGUAGAGGUGGUAUCGAAGGCUGUGGGUGUCGGACAGGAAGGUGAUGAACCUUCUGGUGGAUCGUCUGAUGGAUGGACGAGUGAUCCAGGCCAAGUGGGUCUUCAAACAGAAGCCCGACAGGAAGAAAGCGCGGUUGGUCGCCAAAGGCUUCCAACAGCGGCUGAGACCUGACGAAGAGACGUAUGCACCUACGAUGUCUGGACAGGCUGUCCGUACCUUUAUGGCGGCUGUAUUGAAGAAAGGGUGGUCGAUGCGUCAGCUGGACGUGAACACCGCUUUCCUCAACGCGCCACUGGACACUCCUGUGUACAUGGAGUGCCCAGAAGGAUACGAGAAGCCUGGACAUGUCAUUCGACUGCGGAAGGCCCUGUAUGGGCUGAGGGAGGCGCCGAGAGCAUGGAAUCAGCGAGCCACUCGACGCUGAUCCCUGCAUCUUCACACACAAGACACGACAGCUGUGGCUGGGUGUGGUUGUCGAUGACAUUGUCUAUGCUGGGUGUGAUGCUGACCUCGAUUGGUUCUUGGAGGAAAUCGGCCAACGAUUUGCCAUCAAGGAUCUCGGCGAAGUCGACACCUUCGUAGGCAUCAAGGUCAAAUACGACAAAGAGAAGGGAGAGAUGACACUCUCGCAAGAGAAGUACAUCUCUAGCCUGCUCACCAAGUUCCGAAUGGAGCGAGCCAACCCAGCCAUGACGCCAUUGCCACCAGGUGUGCCUUUGAGCUCAGAAAUGGGCCCUCGAGCAGAGGCAGAGGCAGAGGCCGCACGUGAGUUGCCGUACAGAGAGCUGGUUGGAAGCCUGCUGUACAGCGCAAUCACAGUGAGACCAGACAUUGCCUAUGCGUGCAAGGAACUGACCAAGUUCUUUUCGUGCUGGGGCAAGACUCACUUCAAAUAUGCGUGCCGCGUGCUUCGGUACCUGAAGGGGACCGCUGGGCGAGGAUUGGUCUUCAAGCGAAAGGCCACUGACGAUGUGUUGAACUGCCCCCAUUGUGGUGUCCGUCACGAGGAGCCACAAGAGGGCAAGCACAUCAUCAUGGCCGGGACGAGGAGGAUCGAUCUGCACAAACCACACCGCAUACACAUAUGCCAUGAGUGCGGCAACCAUUGGGAUGAAGGCCGACCUACUCUUGGGCACAUACCUGGCCACGAAGAUGACGAGAACACCGCGGCGCUUGUCGCCUAUGCGGAUGUGUCAUGGGCCGACCAGGAGAACGCCAAGAGCACCGGCGGCUUCGUCAUCCAGAUGGAUGGCUGCCCGAUCGCGUGGUCGAGCAGAACGCAGUCGAUUGUGGCCCUGAGUAGCACAGAGUCAGAGUACAUCGCUGCAAGUGACUGCACUCGUGAGCUGCUGUACUUGAUGCAACUGAUGGAGGGGCUGGGCUUCAAGGUGCCACCCACGGUCCUGUAUGGCGACAACGAUGGUUGCGUACAGAACAUCAAGAACCAUCAGGCCUCAAAGAAGAGGAGGCAUGUUGCUAUCAAGUACCAUCAUGUGCGCAGCACUUACCAGGACGGGAAGAUAAGGCCCGAGUACGUGCCGUCGAAGGAGAAUGUUGCUGAUCUCCUGACGAAGUCGCUCCCUGCCUCACAGCACGCAAAGCUGACGUGCACGGUGACGAGAGGAGCCGACGCCAUCACUCUCAGCAGCGAUGGGCUGACGACAGAGCCUGAGAGGCAGAAGAGAAAGCGUCGGACAUCAAAGAGUGAUGGGAGAAAGAGGCGCAAGGUGGACUAG